GUUGCAUAGCAACGGUUGCUGUUAACUUGUUAACAGCUGCUGCUUAUUUCGGGGGAAGUUUGUAAUUUUUUGUUGGUUGUUGUUUUUAACCUUACUUACGACCCGCAGCUAUUAAGCUCAUCACAACAAUGGCCCAGGGAAGAUCUGUUGUGAGUGGACGUCCGGAAAAUCUUGAGAUGGAUGCUGAUGAAGUGGCAAAAUUGGAGAUUGCUGAACUUCAAAAUCAGUACAGGAUCAUGAAACAAAGAGAGCAGCGGGGUUAUGAGAUCCAGGCUCGGGAGCAAAUCCGCAAGCAAGAAAAGGAAAUUGGGAAUCUGCUGAAAGAACGAGAGAAGGUGCUUCAAAAUCUUAAUGCCUGCAAAAAUUUGCCUCGUCAACAGCAGGACCGUGAGGAGAUCCGGUCUCUGAUAGAGCAAAACAAAGAACUAGACAUUGAAAUGGAGAAGGAGAGGGAAUGCCAUAAAAAGCUGCAGACAGAGAUAUUGAGCAUGGAGACGAGAUUGGCAAAGAUGAGAAAAGGGGAGGGCGGUUGCAGUCUUUCCCAAGGUGCAAAGGCACGGAAGGUCAAGAAAAUUAUCCGCGACAUGGAAUCCAAUGUGAAGAGAGCUUCCACUCAAUUCAGUAGUCUGAUGACCAAAAACAGCCAACUGAAAGAGGAGCUGGGCACUCUUUGUAUAGAACGAGAACAUUUCCAGAAACUGCGCAAUAAUUUAGCAAAGGAAGUGCAAAAAAUCCGUAAGAACAUUGAGGAAAUGACCAGGCUGUCCACUGCUGCUUACGAUAUCAGGCAGGAGGCUCUGGCCAGGAUGAAAAUGCUGAGAGAGAAGGCAACGAAGGACCUGAUUCAGUACAACACUGAGAUGAAAGAACUUGAGAGGAUUAUAGCAAACGAGUAUACCCUGAAGAACUUCAUAAUGACCAAGUGCAAUGAGGAAUUGGGGCAUUUCGAUGACAAAAUGGGACCAGGACAAUUGCCAGGUGCGAUGACCCUCAAGAGGUUGCUCUCAGGAGAACAGACUGUGGACAACUUGAAGGACACGUUUGAAAAGCUACAGGCAAUAAUGGGCGAGGAAAACCUGGACCAGCUGGUCAAUAGUUUCAUCGAGGCUAAAGACCGAAACAUGGCCUUUCUCAUAUUCAUCAAUGAGCAAAACAGUGAGACUGUGAAACUGAAGGAUCAGAUCAACAAGCAGAUCAAGGAUGAGAUGGAGAAGUUUAACCAAGAAGAACUAAAGCAAGAGCAAAAGUAUCUCUCUUUGAUGAAAGACAUGGAAGGAAAAAUAAAGGAAGCUGAAUCUCAAACAGAGACUUAUGCAAGCCAAGCUGACUCCAUAAGCACGAUUCUGGACCAAAUCAAACAAGGGGUGGACAGCAUGUUCAAAGAUGUGGGGUGUGACUACGCAACAGUGGAGGAAAGGCUGGGAUUCACCUCCGGGAUCACAGAGAGCAACAUUAUAACAUACCUGGAUCUCAUAGAGGAGAAGACCAACGAGCUGCUCUCUGUGCAGGCUUUUCUCAAGUUUAAGGAACUGAAAGACGGCUUCGAUGCAGCCGAUCUGGCCAGAAGCAUUAUAGGUCAGAAACCUGACCUCAAGCGAGAUCUCAGUGCCCACACAUCUAUGAGCAGUUUGGAGGCUGGUCCAGAAGAGCCUCCUAUCACUGAUGAGGACGACCGGCCACUUUCACACGAGGAGCUUUGCAAGAAAAUAAUGAGACGGAAAACAGAAUGGUCAUCAAGGAGUCACACAAGCUACAAAAAUCUGUAACAAGCUUUAGUGGCAAACAGCACAUCCUGGAGGAUGGACUCAUGCGGUAUAAGCAGUGUUCUGUGGAGGACCCUUAAUAAUUAAUUUACCUUAACAAGUUCAAAACUAACAUUUUCAUUGUUGAUGCUGCUUUUAAUCAGACUUAUCAGCCAUUUUCCAAGAGACAGCACUGUGCAUACAGCAUGACCCACUCGUAUUUGAAAUAUUCCUGAAAUAUCAGACAAGGUUUGUUCAAUUAUAAACUGACUGCUUAUCAGCAGUUUCAUUUCUUAAUAGUUCUGCUGUGCACACAAUCUGAAUUCACUGAAGCAAUCUUUACAGUUCCCUUUUUCCCAGUCAGACACCUGUGUCUGGUCUUUGAUUAAAAUCAGCAGCAAAAAUAUAAAAGAAAAUAUAAUUUAUGAUUAACCGUAUUCUUUCAGCUUCUGAUUUUGUAAUAUUAGAUUGAAACUUUAAUUUAAAAAAAAAAAAAAAAAAACAUUUGCAAUGUUAAAGUGUGAAAAUAGUAAUUUACAAAGUAUGUGAUUGUUACAUUUUUUGUAGUUGUGGGUAAUAUGUGUUGUAAUUUUUAGCUUUGUAUUAGUGUGUUUAACAAUAAUAAUAUUGUUUUUACCUUAUGGAGAGAUUUGUGUUCCAAAUGAAUUACAAAAUAUAAAAUAACUUAUAAAAU